AGUCGAAAAUCGAUUUUUAGAUCUCUUUGUGAUACAUGUACUUCACAUCUUUUAUUUGUCAAUAAAAAUGUAUCAAAGAAGUGGUCAAGACUCUGAAAGUAAAGCGGACGAUUUUCAUUUUUCUCAGAAUGCGUUGGAAAAGAGUCUAGAUGAAUUUUUUUCCACCGGCGCGAGGAGAAUUUAUAAUGGAACCCCAUCUGCAGCGGUAUCACACAAUUUUGUUAAUAACGAUCAACAAUACGGAAAUGAUUCCCCAAAUCCCACAUUUCUAAAGAAUGCAAAUGAUGGAUAUGACAAUUCGAUGACUGGCAACUACAAGCAAUCUGAUUCCUCAUUUUCCAGAGCAGAUAACAAACAAGAUUGCAAUGCUUGGAAUAAAAAUAAUGGUGGUGUUGGAAAUAGCCGUGGGCAAGACGAUUAUGAUAUGUGUGAUAAUAGACCUAUGUAUAGUCAACAACGAUUCGGGGCAGGCAAUGAUAGAUCUGAAAACAUGCUUGGCUCGGGAACCAAGGGACAGUUUCACGACCAAGAAAGUUCUUGGUAUGGCAGCAGUCAACGGCACAAUGAAAAAUACGAUUAUUCCAUAGUUGAAAAUGAACCUAAAUCCCGUAGCAACCAAAAUCGCGUAGAAGAAGUCGGUUCUGCUAGAGGCCAAACCGAUUUCAAUUUUCAACGAAAUCAAGUAGACUAUUCAAGAGGUAAUAAUGCAUAUGACUUUAGAGAAAAUCUAGAUCGUGCAGAAGAAGUCGGCAAUUUUAAUGUCACCACCAGAGAUGGAGCUUACAACAAAAACAAUCAACAACAAUUUGCCGGAGAUAAUUAUUCAAGGAAUCAAAAUACAUCUGAUAUAAGCUGCAACAAACAACAAAAUUUUGAAGGAGGAGACAGUUUUGCCACUUUUGAUUUACAAAACAAUCGACGAAAUAUAAGCGAAGUGGGAGCAGGAGGUUAUUAUAAUAACUUUUAUUCCAACCAACAAACACGGCAGUUUGCAAGUAACAAACAAAACAAUUUAGGCAACAGUAUGGAAACAAAUUGGACUAAUCCACAAUCGUCCCAUCAAAUGAAUCGUAAUGAUUUUGGUAGUAAUAGCAAUUACCAAGCACCACUUAAUGCUGUAAAUCCAACAAGAACCCCUCUACACAAUUCGAACAGAAAAAUAGGUUCGUCUACAAAUGGAGGAAGUUGGCAAAGGGAAAACGACAUUAGUAAGAAAAUUUCAAACAAGAAAAAUUUGGAUGAACGUGAGAGACUUAGACGUCGCAGUGCUAAAGAGAGGGACAGAGAAUACCAGGAUCAAAUAAAAAGUGGAAUUGUGAAAAAAGCUUCGAAAAAUAAAACCAAAAUCGAUCCAGAAGGUUAUUGGAAAGUUUGGUGGUCAAAAUAUGCUUACAUUGAAAACAUGAUUCCAAUAGUGGAUGAAAAUGAUCCAGAAGUAAAAGACUUCGUUAAAUUCACACAUGAACCUGGUGAUCAGAGAUUUGAACGUAAAAUGAAAUUACUUCUUAAAAUUGGCACAUCGAAGAUCAGGCGCAACUUGGACAUCACAGAAGCGAAUUAUGAAUUCCGGGAUAUGUACAAAUUAUUUAUGUACAAGAAACAUCUGGAGGAUCCAAAUUUUCAAAAACAUCUAAAUAAACAAGAAAAAGAUCAUGUAUUGAAAACUCUCGCUCUUUUACAACAUAAAGGUAAAUAUACACUGAUGCUCCAAAGUUUAAUAAGUCGAUGGGAUUUUCACCAAAAGUCCAUGGCCGGUUUGACUAAUUUGGGUAGAGGAAAGAACGCCUUAAAUAUGAUGAACACAAAACUCUUUCAUUAUUUAGUAAUGGAUUCAAUACAAGAGUUAAAGAACAUGUGCGCAAUGGAUUGGAAUGGAUUUACUGAGUUCCAUAGAAACCUGCUGUCAAUGCCACCUCCCCAUUAUGCUUCAACGGAUAAUAUUCUUACGAAAACCAUAGGCCACAUGGAUGGCGGCGGUAACAAUUCCGACAUGGACAAUGCCGACGAGUAAAAACAAUUUUUGUUUUCAAAGUUGAACAAGAUAAGAAAUAAGCAAAAAACCAACGUUUAAAUAAAUCACAUGAAUACGAAUCCGAGUACGAGGAUAAUAAAUGUAAGUUUCCAUGUUGAGCUUAUUACGAACAGAUCGGCUACGCAACUUAAGGUUUAAACAAAUAUGCACUUUCUACCUCUGAAGCGUCUGAGGGACCAACGCUUUAUGAUUUCCCUGCAAACCCAUCCACACAUGUUUUUGAAACCAUAUAUUUGCAUAUGGAAGUAGUAAUCCUCGACAAGGUUCAAAAAGCUCGUUCCAGUCUAGCAAAAGCGGUGAACCGCUACCGAGUGAAAACAGUUCUCGGGUAUUGACUCACACCCAAUGCACUGUUCAUGGAACUCUCUGACUUCAACCGUUCGUUAUUGGAAAAAUCUAUACAAUUGUAAAUAAUUCUAUUCACCCUUAUUCCCGUUAUCAAAGGCGAAUACCAACAGCAGUCGUAAUCGAAGACAAAUUUUACAUAUCGUGAUAUUCUGUAACUUACUCUCCUUCAAUAGCUUGAUAAUAAAAAAAAUUUUGUGGUAAAUAAAAAAAAAUAAUAUAAAAGUAGGUUCCAUACUCUUUCGACAAACAGGCGCGAUGUAGUUUAGUAUGUAACGAAAUUAACGUAUAUGUCGAUCGAAUUCGUCAAAUUUGACGGUCGAAUUUGGCUUAUGUGAAACCAAAAAGUUUAAUUUGUAAAAAAUUUGACAACAUUUGACUACGCCAUCGCCAAUCAGAAUAAGGGGGAUUAUGUUACUAUUGGUUUGCCCAAAAAGUAAUUGCGGAUUUUUUAAAAGAAAGUAAAUGCAUUUUUAAUAAAACUUAGAAUGAACUUCAAUCAAAUAUACUUUUUUCUAAAGCAAGCUAAAAGUAACAGCUGAUAACUGACAGUAGAAAUAAUGUAAUUACAGAGUCACAAGCUGUGAAAAAAUUUGUCAAAGCCGACUAUAUGAAAAAUCCGCAAUUACUUUUUGGGCAACCAUAUUUAAGGUGCUAUUACUGGGCAUGUAGAUGUCUUAUGACAUGCCACUUUUUGUAUCCUCAUGUAAUUGAAAAUGUUUGUCAAAAUUGUCAAUUUACAUACGAUUCAUCAUUUUUGCUAUCACACCUGAAUAUUAUUUUCGUAAGACAUAACCUACAAAUUUGAGCAAAAUCUGAUUUUUUUUAUGCGUAUUAAUUGUUAAAGUUGUGAGAAAGCUGGUUAAAUAAUAAAUUUGUAAAAACAAUUUAAUUUGGGGUUGCAUUUAUUUGACUGACAACAAAACAGCUAAUUUCUGUACGUUUUUGUCGGAAGAAAUUGAGCACGCUCUAAUCGAAAAAAAAAUUACAAAUGCUAUUUUGAAAUGUGAUUUUCACAUGUUAGUUUCGUUUGUAUCACACGACAUGUGCACUCAAAAUCUGCUAAAUUUGAAAUGUCAUAAGACAACUACAUGCCGUGUAAUAGAGCCUUUACUUUUAUUGUUUUUAAUAUAAAAAAAUACUGUAAUAUUACCAUAAUUAUCAUCUUGUAUGGGAAAACAAACAAAUAAAUAAUCUAAAAUUUAGGUAUUUUUUUAUCUUUUUAGAUUCUAAAUCUAACCUAAGAAUAAACUCCCGGGGAAUAAAUUUCUCCCUAGAAUAAAAUCCUCCUAUUCUGAUUGAAUGAGGAGAGGGAAUUUCGAAUUUUCCAAAA